ACAAUCUUAUAUUCCCUUCAUUAAAAAUUUCUUCUUUUUCUUUGAAUAAAAUUUAUUUAUCCUAAACUUAACCCAAAAACAUUCAUGAAUCAUGAUUCAUCAUUUUUAAUCAUCAAUCAUAUUAUAAUAAUAAUAAAUAAAGAUAUCAAAAAUCAUAUUUGUCCAAAAUACAAAAAAUUCCUCAAAAGAAAAAAAGAAAAAGUCAAAUGUCACUCACUCUUUUGCUCUAAAUUAUCUGUUUAUUCCUGUUCUUACUCUAAAUUUGUUGGAAAAAAACCAAAACCCAGAAUUCUAAUCUCCUUACAUCUUCAUAAAAAUGUCAAGACAGACAUAUAAAGUGUGUUUUUGUUGCAGAAGAAGGUUUAAACUUGCAGUAUCUGAAGCUCCUCAAGAGGUUAAGGCCUUGUUUGGCAAAUACUCUGAAAAUGGAGUUAUGUCUACAAAUCAUCUUCAUCGUUUUUUGGUUGAAGAGCAAAAGGAAAAAGAAGCUACUGUUCAAGAUGCACAAGCAAUUAUUGAUAAUAUUAGACAUGUAAUUGUGUUUCAUAAGUCUGGUCUUAAUCUUGAAGGGUUUUUUAAGUAUCUGUUUGGGGAUCUUAAUCCUCCCCUUUCUCCUAAGAAUGAGGUGCACCAAGAUAUGACUGCUCCAUUGUCGCAUUAUUUCAUAUAUACUGGUCACAAUUCCUAUCUAACAGGGAAUCAACUAACCAGCGACUGUAGUGACGUUCCUAUCAUACAAGCGCUACAAAAGUCUGUGAGAGUGAUUGAGCUCGAUAUCUGGCCUAAUUCUUCUAAAGACAAUGUCGAUGUUCUUCAUGGAGGGACAAUGACUGCGCCUGUUGAGUUCAUUAAAUGCUUAAAGUCCAUCAAGGAACACGCUUUCUCUGCUUCCGAGUAUCCUGUCGUUAUAACUCUUGAAGACCAUCUUACUGCUGAUCUUCAAGCUAAAACUGCGGAGAUGAUAAGCGAAACAUUUGAGGAGACACUGUUUCUACCGGACUCAGAAUGUUUUAAGGAACUUCCGUCCCCUGAAUCACUAAAGCAACGUGUUAUGAUAUCAACUAAACCUCCAAAAGAGUACAAUGAAGCCAAAGAUGCGAAAGAAGAUUCACAGGGGCCUAGCAAAGAUUCUGGAGACGAGGAAGCUUGGGGAAAGGAGCUUCCGAGUCUUAGAACUCAGAACAGUCAUAAGGACAUGGAUGACGGAGAUGAUGGAGAUGAUGAGGACGAGGAUGAUGAUGAUAUUAACGCAUCAAAAAAGUUCGAGGCACCAGAAUAUACACGUCUUAUUUCUAUUCAUGCUGGAAAGCCAAAGGGUGGUCUAGGCGCGGCACUAAAGGUGGAUCCUGACAAGGUCAGACGUCUUAGCUUGAGUGAACAACAACUUGAAAAGGCGGCAUCUCGUUAUGGAAAGGAGAUUGUUAGGUUUACACAGAAUAAUAUGCUUAGGAUCUACCCUAAGGGCACCCGAAUUACCUCUUCGAAUUACAACCCUCUCAUUGGAUGGAUGCAUGGAGCGCAGAUGGUUGCAUUUAACAUGCAGGGAUACGGUAGAUCACUCUGGUUGAUGCAAGGGAUGUUCAGAGCUAAUGGUGGAUGUGGGUAUGUUAAAAAACCCGAUUUUCUUCUGAAUAGCGGUUCUAACGGUGAGGUAUUUGAUCCGAAAGCGAAUCUUUCAGUGAAAAAGAUUUUGAAGGUAACUGUAUAUAUGGGAGAGGGAUGGUAUUACGAUUUUAAGAGCACGCAUUUUGAUCAAUAUUCUCCUCCGGAUUUCUAUGUUAGGGUGGGAAUAGCAGGAGUUGCAGCCGAUACUAUAAUGAAGAAAACGAAAACACUCGAAGAUAACUGGAUACCGGCCUGGAAUGAAGAAUUCAAAUUCCCAUUAACAGUCCCCGAACUUGCACUUCUUCGAGUUGAAGUUCACGAGUAUGACAUGUCCGAGAAAGAUGAUUUCGGUGGUCAAACAUGUUUGCCUGUUUGGGAGCUUAGAGAAGGUGUCCGGUCUGUUCCACUCUAUAGCCGCGAGGGAAUCAAGUACUCAUCAGUCAAACUACUGAUGCGUUUCCAAUUCGAUUGAGUUCUAUCAUUUUGAAUUAGAAUUGCCCCCUUUGGUGUGCCUGAUCUGCCGUUGUGUGUGAAAUGCGAGGGGGGCAUUUGGUCUACGAUAUAACGAGACAUUGAAGGCUUGUAACGACGUGUGAGAAUGAUUGUAGAGUGGGAUGUUUAUGAAUAAUUUUUUUGAUUGCAAGUAUGGUUCAUUUGAGUGUUGUGAAUAGUGUGUUUCUAUUUUUAGUUCCUUAUGUGUUCAUGUGAGUGAGAAUAAUGUUCUGACGUUAAGAUUUAGUUCAUUUGUUCGUCUAUGCAUUUCUUUUUUAUGUAAUGUAUCGAUAAUACUCGAAUUCGACAUGAGAAGUUUCUUUUUCUCUUCAAUUAUUAUCAAAAUUUACUCGAGAAACAAUUUGAUUGAUUGCAAAAA